AUGCGUGGGAGCAUACUUUUGAGUGGACUGGGUCUCCUUGCAGAGGUAACCGCGGUAUCCGAAUAUGGAACAUUCCUGGACCCUGCCAACAAUGCGAGCAUGAAAUUUCGGUAUUGGCUGCCCGAUGCUAGCGUUGAUAUCGAAACUGUUCAGAAAGACAUUCAAGCGGCUGGUGCGCUAGGUGCAGGUGCGGUGGAGUUUCUGCCUCUCUACAAUUAUGGAGGGUCUCUGGCUGGGCCACCGUCAGGUGCCGACUGGGCGACGUAUGGGUUUGGGACCCCGGCAUUCAGGCAUAUUUUCAAAGCCUCUUUACAGGCUGUCAAAAGUGCCGGUAUGCGCAUGGAUUUCGCUCUUGGUGCAAACCAAGGCCAAGGAGUACCAGCGGAGACUACUGAUCCUGGCUUACACUGGGACCUUGCACCUUACCAUCUAGAAGUUCCUAUCAAUGGAUCCUACAGUGGACCCAUUCCUGGAUGGGGGACAGGAGAACUCAUUGCUCUGAUAUCCGCGACAGUCAUCUCAUCUUCGCCGAUCAAAAACCCUGGUAGCAGCCUCUUUUCUACACCACCCAACAAUGCCACUAAACUGAUUCUCCAGAGUGAGACUCUUGUGGAGCAUACCGAUAAGGUCAAUGAGGAUGGCACCGUGUCGUUGAGACUGAAGAAUGGGACAUCGCAUGUGAGCAAACAUGUUCGAGCCAGCCCCAAGCAGUACUUGUUUGCAUUCUACCAAUUUCAAGAUCUGGUAAAGAACCUGGACAUUGAGAGCAAUGUCACAGGGACUAUUUUCGAUAACGGUUCCUACACCGUGGACCAUUACAGUGCCCGGGGUGCUGAAACAACGAUAGAUUUCUGGGAAAACCAUAUCCUCGAUGACACAGAGAUCAGAUCGCUUUUGUCUGAAGUGGGGACAUAUGGCUGGGAAGAUAGUAUUGAGAUCAAAUCAAACAUCUCUUGGUCUUCGUCACUUCCCCAGAGAUUCGAAAAUAUGCACGGCUAUCGACUACACAAAUACCUUCCCUUGUUGAUGCACGGGAACAACAAUCCUGGCGUUCAGCCAUCACACCCGGGGUCCAUCAAGUGUACGCUGGAUAGUGAAGAUAACGGAAGUGGCUUUGUGAAUGAUUUCCGUGCUGCUUUGGCGCAGGGCUAUGGUGAAUAUCUUGAAGCCUUGACAUCAUGGCUGGAAGGCCUCGGGCUAGGAUACUCUGCACAAGUAUCUUAUAACCUGCCAAUCGAUAUGGAAACGAAUAUUGACCGAGUGACCGCACCGGAAUGCGAAUCAUUAGCCUUUAAUAACAACAUUGAUGGAUAUCGUCAGUUCUCUGGGGCUGCGAAUGUUGCCCAAAAGCAAGUCAUCUCUAACGAAAUGGGAGCUGAUCUGGACAAAGCUCUUCGUCUCCCAAUUUCCGAGUUGUUGGGUCAGAUCAAUAGUGCAUUUGCUGGCGGGAUCAACCAAAUUGUGCUGCAUGGGCAGACCUUUACAGGCGACUACUAUGGAACAACCUGGCCGGGCUAUCUCACAUUUUUCUUGCUUUUCUCCGAGUCUUACAUGGACAAGCAGCCUGCAUGGACGCUAGGCAUGCCAGAUGCCAUCAGCUAUAUCAACCGUAACCAAUACAUCCUUCGCCAAGGGCAACCCCGAACCGAUAUUGCAUUCUACAACAAAGUGUCCUACACAGACCCUCAGUUAAGCACCAUAUACUCUGGCAACGACCUGGUCAACAACGGUUACACCUAUUCCUACCUAAACCCUACCAAUCUCAACCUCUCCCAGGCAUACGUGUCAAACAAUCUGCUUGCUCCCGAGGCGCCUGCAUUCCAAGCACUUGUUCUAACCGCUCACGAAAAUGUUACUCUAGAAGCAGUUUCCAAGCUUCAAGAAUUCGCCAAUGCCGGUCUUCCUAUUAUUAUCAGCGGAGGACUCCCAGGAUAUUACGCCAGUGGCAACGGAUCACAACAGAAACCUGUACAAGAGGCUUUACAAACCCUCCAGGGCUCGCAGAACGUUCAUACUGUUGAGAAUGGCCAAAUCACUGCAAAGCUUAACGAGCUUGAUAUCCACCCUCGUGUUGAGGUCAUCACUCCCAAGAAUGCUACAUGGUAUCCUAUCCUACGCAGCGAGAAUUCCACGGACUACAUCUUCAUCUUCAGCAAGGAAAGUACAGCGACGGGCCAUAUUAUCGUCAACUCGACCAAAACCCCAUAUGUGCUCAAUAGCUGGACUGGAGAACGAACUGCUCUUCUAGACUAUCAGGUUGAAGGCCAAACCACAAAGAUUCCUCUGAGUCUUGUCUCUAAUGAAACUGCCAUUCUCGCCUUCUGCGAUGAAUGGGCUUCGGAAGUUGCUACACCAUCGUCGCAUGCGGUUCAUGUCCCCUCGAAUGUCUUGGGGUAUAGCAUCACUGCUUCUGGAAGUUUUGUUGUGCAUGCGACAACUGGACCACUUCCAAGUGAUUAUCUUUUGAAAUCUUCCAACGGAAAGACAUUCAACAUCUCUGCAAACACGGGUUUAUCUUCCUUCUCUUUGAAAAGUUGGAAGCUCGUUGCCGAGCAUUGGGAGGCUCCACGCAACAUGUCAGAUGCGACGAUCGUAGCUGAAAAGCAUAACACGACACAUCAUCUCAGCUCUUUGGUAUCUUGGCUAGAUAUUCCUGGGUUGCAAAACGCAUCAGGCGUCGGGUAUUAUUCAGCACAAUUCUCAUGGCCCCCAACUUCUUCAAACAGCACUGGGUCGAUUGACGGGGCAUACAUCUCGCUGCCACAGAUUUCUCACGGCCUGAGGCUCUUCGUAAAUGGGCAGCCUGUUCAAGCGUUGAAUUUUGCCAGACCUUUGGUCGAUAUCGGUCCCUUGCUACGGAACGGUUCUAACCGUGUGGUUGCUGUUGUUCCGACUCUGAUGUGGAACUACAUUAGCAGCAUCUACGAUGAUCUUGAAAUCUCGGGGUCAAAGCCCAUGUUAACCUCAGGCUCGCUGCCUAGCAAGGUCGAUACUGGAUUGAUCGGUGAAGUCAGAGUCAUCCCUUACACUGCCCACGACAUUUCUCCCUAG